AUGGCUGCCAUGAACCGUCUGCUCAGAUCCCCAUCCUCCUCGCUUUCCCUUGCGCGGAGGUGUUUAUCCACCGCCGCCGCAUCGGAGACAGUGAAAUCGCAGCCCUACAUCCACACUCCUCUCGCGACGGGGCAAGAUCCCAAGGCUAAAAGCGUCCAGUGGGUGUUCCUAGGCUGCCCCGGCGUCGGAAAGGGGACUUACGCUAGUCGACUGUCCACUCUCCUCGGCGUUCCGCACAUCGCCACCGGCGAUCUCGUCCGUGAAGAGCUCAACUCGUCUGGCCCUCUCUCUAAGCAACUUGCAGAGAUUGUAAACCAGGGGAAAUUGGUUUCUGAUGAGAUAAUACUAAGCUUGCUGUCAAAGAGACUAGAGGCUGGGGAAGCUAGAGGUGAAUCAGGGUUUAUACUUGAUGGGUUCCCUCGAACAGUGAGACAAGCAGAAAUAUUGGAUGAAGUGACAGACAUUGAGUUGGUGGUUAAUCUCAAGCUCCCAGAAAGUGUAUUAGUUGAUAAAUGCCUCGGGCGAAGGAUUUGCAGUGAAUGUGGGAAGAAUUUCAAUGUGGCAUCAAUUAAUCUCAAGGGCGAAAAUGGGUCUCCUGGAAUGAGCAUGGCCCCUCUACUUCCCCCUCCACAAUGUGUUUCAAAGCUAGUCUCUCGAGCUGAUGAUACUGAAGCUGUUGUUAAGGAAAGACUUCGUAUAUACUAUGACAAGAGUCAACCGGUGGAGAAUUUUUAUCAUAGCCAAGGGAAGCUGCUGGAAUUCAAUUUGCCUGGAGGGAUACCAGAAUCUUGGCCAAAAUUGCUCGAAGUUCUCAACCUCGAUGAACACGAUGACAAACUAUCAGCUGCAGCUUAGAUCUCCGAUCAAUUGCUUAUUCCCUUUGCAUGAUUGAUGCAUGCAUGCUUAACAUUUUAUUCAAUUUUGCCCCUUUGACUGUCUCAGUUUCUGAAAAAUAACCAAACCUAAAGUCCCCUAGCCAAGUAAUUGUGCUGGACAAAUAGUAGAAUUUCUAGAAUUGCAUUUUUUUCUAAGAGGUAUGUUGUACCAUAGUAUCGGUUUAGUUAAAUGAGUUGCCAUUAUUUUUCCCCCUGAAAAGUGCCGUGUAAUAAGCUGCUAGUAGCAUAGACACUUCAUAUAAUUUUUCCCCCAGGCCAUUAAGGUGGUCUUCAUUGAUCUAUUUAAGAAGAGUUUCCUUUGUUCCUUAAA